AUGCAACAGCUACUCACCUUUGAAAAUGAAAGAAAGUAUAUUGAUGUAAAUAGAUGUGUAGCGAAAGUAUCUCAAUCAUCAUCAGAUGUAGUGAGUGGCAGUCAAGAUAUAGUCAAAUCUGAUUAUCAAAAAUUAAUUAAUUUUGCUAAAGAAAAUGAAAUUAAAGAAAAGAAAUUAAAAAAUACAAGUUUACCACAAAAAGGAAUUGCAAAAUUAACACAAUCGAAUUUAAAAUCAAAAAAUCUUAUGGGAAUUACUCGGUCAAUGCUUAAUCAUAGAAUUGAUCUUUGGAAGCAAGAAGCUAACAAAGAUGCAUUUAUACCAUAUCCUUUUGUAAUGUAA